GUAGUGUUUCCGUGUCAAACGACAAGUUCCUUCUGUUCAACAUGGCGAAUUUAGCCGCUGCCGCUGCAGCUGCUGCAGCGAGAGAUCCAGCUGUAGACCGUUCUUUGCGUUCAGUUUUUGUGGGAAACAUACCUUAUGAGGCCACAGAAGAGCAACUGAAAGAUAUCUUCUCAGAAGUGGGACUGGUGGUGAGCUUCAGGUUAGUGUACGACAGAGAGACUGGCAAGCCGAAGGGAUAUGGCUUCUGUGAGUAUCAGGACCAAGAGACUGCUCUCAGUGCCAUGCGGAACCUGAAUGGGAGAGAAUUCAGUGGUAGAGCCCUGCGAGUUGAUAAUGCUGCCAGUGAAAAGAACAAAGAAGAGCUUAAAAGUAUGAGUUUGGGAACUGGCGCUCCCAUCAUCGAGUCCCCGUACGGUGAUGGCUGCAGCACAGAGGAGGCCCCGGAGUCCAUCAGUCGUGCAGUGGCCAGCCUGCCCCCAGAGCAGAUGUUCGAGCUGAUGAAACAGAUGAAGCUGUGCGUGCAGAACAGCCCACAGGAGGCCCGGAACAUGCUGCUGCAGAACCCUCAGCUGGCCUAUGCCCUGCUCCAGGCUCAGGUGGUCAUGAGGAUUGUUGACCCAGAGAUUGCUUUGAAAAUGCUGCAUCGCCAGGCCCCAGUACAGCCCCUGAUCCCCAGCAGUCAGGCUGUGGCGGCCCCUGCCACCAGCCAACCGUUGCCCCUGCCCAACGUCCCCGUUUCCCAGCCUCAGCCCAUGCCCGGGAUGCAUGUGAACGGAGCCCCUCAGAUGAUGCAGCCUCCCCAGAUGGGAGGUGUGCCAGGACCCAUGCCAGGGCAAGGCCCAGUGGGGCCAGCAGGAGGGAUGCAACCGCAGAUGGGUAUGCCCCAGGGUGGCCCUAUGCCAAUGGACAGGGGACAAGGAAGCCUUCAGGACUCUCCUGUGGGAGCAGCCAGCCAGGCUGCGGGAGAGCGGCCCCAAGUGCCCAUGGCCGACCCUCGGGCACCCAUGCGUGGUGGUGUCCCUCCUCCUGGCCCCACCGGCGUUCCCCCCAGGGGCCUGCUGGGUGAUGGACCCAACGAUCCCCGAGGGGGGACGCUGCUCAAUGUCACGGGGGAUGUGGUGGAGCCCAGCCGUGGCUUCAUGGGGCCGCCGCCACAUCAGGGCCCACCCAUGCACAUGGGACCUCCGGACAUGCGCGGACCGCACGACAUGAGGGGCCCACCUAUGAACGAGCCCAGGGGCAUGAUGGUAGAACCCAGAGGACCAAUGAUGGACCAGAGAGGCCCACCCAUGGAGGCUAGAGCACCGAUGCCGGGAGGCCGAGACCCCAGGGCAGUGGACGCGCGGGGCCCCGUGGCUGGCCAGAGGGUCCCCAUGUCCAGCGGAAUGCCUGGACAGGUGCCUCACUCUAUGCAGGCCACUGCACCCCCCACCAGCAGACCGGGUCCUGGUAUGUCUGGAGUUCCUCAGUCCGGCGGAUUCAGUCCUGGCCAAAGCCAGGUCUCGUCUCAGGACCAGGAGAAGGCCGCCCUGAUCAUGCAGGUUUUGCAGCUGACCCCAGAACAGAUUGCCAUGUUGCCGCCAGAGCAGAGGCAAAGCAUCCUCAUCCUGAAAGAACAGAUUCAGAAGACUGCUGGAGCACCCUAAGGAGUGUCAUGCAAUUGAAUCCAUUUUGUAACGGCCAGGGAAACCAUCCUGUGAACCUCCUGGGAUUUGGCUCCAAAAACAUUCUCAUCGGCGUACUAUUGUAGUUGUUUGUUUUUUGUAUAUUAGUCUUAUGGUUUUAGAUGGGAGUGUGAAGAGAGAUUAAGUUUUCCGUCUGAAAAGGAACAUCCAAGUUCACAUCUGGGCUGAAACGGACCAGGGCAGACUCGCAAGUCACACUGUUUGCAAAUUAAAUUUUGUUUUGUUACUGGAACCUCGGCUAUCUGGAAAACAUUUUGUCAAUAAAAAGAGAAAAUCA